AAAUGAAAAAAAAUUCGUCCUCGUCGUCUGUAUUCUUGGUGAUGGCGUCGUCGCGUUAAACGUCAAAAUCGCGAGAGCUUAUGAAUGUUCUCUUGUUCUUUUUUGAACUAAUUGAUUCGCGCACAACAUCAAUAUCGUAUAAAUAAUUGUUGUUUAUAAUAGAUUAGUGAAAAUGGCGCUUCAUCGUUAUACACACGCUGUUCUUUGCCGAAUUCCGCUAUCAUUGCGUACCAGGGGCGAGGUCGAUCUUGACGAGGCUAGAAAACAACAUUUAGCACUUGCCGAACUUUUACGCGAGAUUGGAAUCGACGUUGUCGAAAUGCCGCCCGAUGAGGAGUCACCUCUGUGUCCUUUCGUCGACGACGUUGCGAUUGUUUGCAAUGGAACUGCCCUCAUUGCACGACCUGCAGAACCUUCGAGGCUCAAAGAGAUCGAAACUAUACGAGCUGUCCUGAAAAAAGAAUUGGACAUACCUCUGGUUGAAAUAGCUGACAAAAAUGCUCGUUUGGAUGGAGGAGACGUUCUAUUUACUGGCAGAGAAUUUUUUGUCGGCUUGUCCCAAUUCACUAAUGAAGCUGGGGCUCGAGCAGUAGCCGCUGCAUUUCCUGAAUACCCCUGUGUUCCCAUAAAGGUCGCUGAGUCCAAACGGUUGAAAUCUUUGGUCACAAUGGCUGGGCCGGAUGUCAUGUGUGUUGGUGCGGGCAAAGAAUCGCAAGAAGCUUUGAAGCGCAUAGAAAGAGAGGCAACGUACAGUUAUCAAACGCUGACAGUUCCUGAGGACGAAGCUGCGAACGUGGUUUACGUUAAUGGAACAUUGAUUCAUCGUUCGGAAGAGGAAAUACCGAACUCGAGCAAAGUUUUUGCGGCCAAAGUUGAAUUUCCUACAAGACCAUUAGCAUUUACGCAAUUGGCGAGGGUGAGUUCAGGUCUGACGUCGUGCUGUUUGUUGGUACGGAGACCGAAGCACAUUCGCAGUAUUUAAGAAAAAAAAAGCACGAAAACAAAUAAAGCAGUAAAAUAAACUCUGUGAAAAGCGGAGUAUAAAAUUCAGAACCAUUACAAAGGUUUGUGAAUUUUUUUAACAAUUGGUCACUCAUUUUUUUCGACCGUCUGAACCCAGUUCAGAAAUUUUGAAUUCCUCAUUUAAAAAACUGGAAAGCAAAAGAAAAUCUUGCCCUUGAAAGAUUCUAAUAAUUCGAGGAAAACGGAGUAGCCAAAUCGGCAAACGAGAGAUGUUAAGUGUUUCAAAAAAUUCCUCGAAACCCAAGAGUUUGUAAAUUCGAGCUUUUCUUUUCAUUUUUUGGAAAACAUGAUCUUUUGAGAACAUUUUGUUUGUUUGUUCAUUUGACUAAUCCGUUGUUCUCGUAACGAGAUUAUUAAAAAAUUAAGAACAAUAAUAUAUUUGAUAUUAAUAUAUUGUGAGAAGCUAUAUGAGAGUAAUAUAUGAGAAUAAAAGAGUUGAAACGAAACUUAAGAUUUGGUUCUGACUAAAAAAAGAAAACAAGUACGAUUGCAUUGCUAUUAUUUAUUGGAGAACCAUGGCAGCUUUUUCUCCCUUUUAACGUUAAUUUCAAAUAGCCGUAGAACUUGUUCAACUACUAAAUAAACUAAGGAGGUAUUUCAAACAGAGAUUCACAGCGAAAAUAUUAAUUUUAUUAGGAAUUCAGUCUCCCAAGCAGAAGUCACGCUUAGAGUUCGAAAAAAAUGGAUUUUCAAAACCUUGUUGCAAGUUAUAAAUAUAAUCAAUCUUUUCAAAUUCAUGCACCAAUUUCAUUACGGAUUUUUACAAUAUACAAUAAAUGUUCAUCGAAAUGGGAUGAGGGAAUGUUGUACCUGAAAGUACAUGAACAAGCGCCGCGUCAGAAAAAAUUUCCACAACCGCAAAGUUGUAGAGUCUAUAAUUUUCAACUGAUAUAUGGAAAUUGAAAAUAAAAAGAAACGAUUUUUCAAUUUCUUGUUCCAUGAAAUAGUGCAUUUGAAGAUACAGAAAUGCCUUUUUGACAAAGUCCCAGCAUUUAUUAUUAUUUAAUAUUAAGAUUUUUUGAAUUAAAAUUUUGCGUUGUGAAUUUGUGAGUGAAACAUACUAAAAGUCGACAUACCAAAUCGACUGCACAAAACGAUUAAUUAUUAGAGGACAACUUACCGAAGAAGACAAAAAAUCACGUUGCACAUUCGAUCCGUUUUCUAUUCCGAUCGAACUGCUAGUCUCUCUGUCCAGUGAUUGUAAAAAAAAAAAAAAACAAAUCUUCGUCUUCACCUACAUCAGCUGUGUUUUUACCUUGAAAUUAAAUGUUUCGAUACCACCGAAAUAAAACGUAACUGCUUAAUAAUAAGUCUACAAAAACAAAACUACUACUUACUAAGUAUGGCGCAAAUCUGAUAAAUGAAGUUAAAACGACAUAGCAUUUACCACAAAUCUGUAACUGUGUGUUAGAAAGACUGUGUAAACUUUAUAAAAAAUUCCUUCCUCUACGGAUUUUACUAUUUAAGCAUGUUGUUUCUUCAAUCUCUUUUUUUAUAUUCAUUUUUUUAAACUUUAUGUCGAAUGACAAAAAUAAACGCUUGCGAAGAACGAUA